AUGGGACCCCUCCCUGUACACCUUUCACCACUCCUCAUCCUUCUACUCUCCUUCCUCCUGGCCCACCCCUGCACCUCCAUCAGGCCCCAGGUUGUGGAGCGAGCGUCUUCCCCCGAGCAGCCUCAGCCCUCUGGUAACGCUACAGGGUCUGGCAAGCGGACGUGUCCGGGCAUUGUGGUGUGUAAACCCGGUGUACUGCUGCCAGUGUGGUUGCCACUCAACCCUCCAGUGGGGGAGCAGGCAGGGAGGGCUCUUGUCUACUUCCUCUGUCUCAUGUACAUCUUCCUGGGUGUGUCCAUCAUCGCAGAUCGCUUCAUGGCAUCCAUAGAAGUUAUCACCUCUCAGGAGAAAGAGGUGACCAUCACCAAACCCAACGGUGAGACGACAGUAACGACAGUGAGAGUCUGGAAUGAGACUGUGUCCAACCUCACUCUCAUGGCCCUGGGCUCCUCUGCGCCUGAGAUCCUUCUCUCCGUUAUUGAGGUGUGUGGGCACAACUUUAAUGCAGGGGAGAUUGGACCGAGCACCAUAGUGGGCAGCGCUGCCUUCAAUAUGUUUGUGAUAAUUGGUCUGUGUGUGUGGGUGAUCCCCAACGGAGAGUCUCGGAAGAUCAAACACUUGCGAGUGUUUUUUAUUACUGCUUUCUGGAGUAUUUUUGCCUACAUUUGGCUCUACCUCAUACUGGCUGUCAUCUCCCCGGGGAUUGUGGAGGUGUGGGAGGCCAUAGUGACACUGCUUUAUUUUCCGGUGUGUGUGAUCUUGGCUUGGAUUGCUGACCGUCGCCUACUCUUCUACAAAUACAUGCACAAGCGUUACCGUGCUGACAAACGGCACGGCAUUGUGGUGGAAAUGGAAGGUGACCUUGCGCCGAAAGGCAUUGACGUGAUUAUGGAUGGAAAGUUGUCAGACGUCGGUUCGUGCCCUGGAAACUCCUCUAGUGUGACAGUCUCUGUGCAGACAGGCAGUGAACUAGACCAGAACAAAGACGAGGUGGUCCGCAUCUUGAAAGACCUGAAGGAGAAACACCCAGACAAAGACCUUGACCAACUGAUUGAGAUGGCCAACUACUCUGCCCUGGUCCACCAGAAGAAGAGCCGUGCUUUCUACCGGGUCCAGGCGACACGCAUGAUGAUUGGUGCCGGAAACAUAUUAAAGAAACAUGCUGCUGAGCACUCACGUCGCUCAGCAGCCCAGGAGGCUGACAAGGCCACAUGCUCGCACAUUUGUUUUGAAAGUGCCCAGUACCAGUGCACAGAAAAUUGUGGCUCUCUGAGCGUCGGGGUGAUCCUUGAGGGGGGCACAGGCCAGAACACUUUCUAUGUGGACUACUGUACAGAAAAUGGCUCCGCCAAUGCUGGGGCAGACUAUGAAUUUAGUAAGGGCACAUUAAUGUUCCAGCCAGGGGAGGGCCGCAAAGAGAUCAAGGUGGGCAUCUUGGAUGAUGAAAUCUUUGAGGAGGACGAGCAUUUCUUUGUGCGUCUUCAGAACCUGAGGUUAGAAGAAGGUGGAAAUGAAGGGACAGGAACUCCACCACAGGGUAGACUAGUGGAGCCACUGCUUGCCACUAUCACUAUCUUGGAUGAUGACCAUGCUGGCAUCUUCACCUUUGGCCAGCGUGUGCUGCGGGUGAGUGAGAGCACAGGCAUGCUGACGGUGACAGUAGUGAGGAACUCGGGCUCCAGGGGCACCGUUGGUCUGCCGUACCAUACAGAGGAUGGCAGUGCCAAGGCUGGGGUGGACUACGAGGAGGCCAGAGGGGAGCUGGAAUUCACCAAUGAACAGACCAGUCAGAUCUUACAGGUGCGCAUUAUAAAUGUGGCGGAGUAUGAGAAGCAGGAAAACUUCUUCAUUAUGCUUGAGGACCCAAAAUGGCUGAAGCGAGGACUCUCUGGCAACCCCACCCCUGAGGAGGAAGAGGCCCGGAGGAUCUCUGAGAUGGGAAAACCCAUUCUAGGAGAGCACAGCAGGCUCGAGGUCGUCAUAGAGGAGUCCUGUGAGUUUAAGAACACAGUGGACAAACUCCUGAAGGACACAAAUCUAGCUGUAGUGAUUGGCACUCACUCAUGGAGAGAGCAGUUCAUUGGAGCAGUCACAGUCAGUGCAGGUGAUGGAGAUGAAGAGGAGGGACAGGAGCAGCGAAUGCCGAACUGCUUCGACUAUUUCAUGCACAUAUUGUGCAUUUUCUGGAAGAUUCUGUUUGCUUGCUGCCCACCCACAGGGUACUGGAAUGGCUGGGCAUGCUUCAUAGUGUCAAUCUCUGUCAUUGGUUUCUUAACAGCCAUUAUUGGAGACCUAGCCUCCCACUUUGGCUGCACCGUCGGCCUGAGAGACACUGUUACUGCAGUGGUUUUUGUAGCUCUGGGGACUUCACUUCCUGAUACCUUUGCCAGUAAAGUGGCUGCCACUCAGGACCAGUAUGCGGAUGCAUGUGUGGGAAAUGUGACAGGAAGCAACGCGGUUAAUGUGUUUUUGGGCAUUGGGCUGGCCUGGUCCGUGGCUGCCAUAUAUUGGCAAGUCAAAGGUAAGGUCUUCCGUGUUGACCCCGGCUCACUGGCCUUCUCCGUCACCCUCUUCACCAUUUUUGCCUUCUUCACUGUGGGAGUGUUGAUGCUACGCCGGAGGCCGUCCAUAGGCGGCGAACUGGGUGGCCCGCGGACCUCCAGAAUCCUCACUGCACUGCUGCUCUUUGGACUCUGGUUCCUCUACGUCCUCUUCUCCAGCUUGGAGGCCUAUUGCCAUAUACAGGGCUUCUGAGAGAGCACAGCUGGGGAGAGUAAUGACUGCACAAUAACAACACAUCACAAGGACAUUCACCUAUACAGUUCUGUUCCAUAACUACCACCGAGAAGACCUAUCAUCACUGCUGCCAUGGUUCAUAGAAAAAUGUAUACACACCACAGACUCGCA